AUGGCCCAUUGCCCUGAAGUUGCAUUAUUGGGUACUCUGCCCUUGUCAGUCAAUACUCUAUGUAAUGAAACAUCUUUCUGUUUGAGUCUCCCUUUCCUGAGCACUGUGUUCAAUUCUUUGCAGAAUCACAUUGGCUGGAGGAAUCAUAGUACUCACAUAUUAGUCUUCUCUACUGAGUCUGCCUUUCAUUAUGAGGCUGAUGGCUCCAAUGUUCUCUCUGGGAUUCUGAAACGGAAUGACGAAGGCUGCCACUUGGACUCGACUAAUACCUAUACUUGGCACACAUUGCAAGAUUACCCAUCGAUUCCAACUCUGAUUCGUCAUCUUACAGAGCGAAGCAUUAUCCCAAUCUUUGCAGUUACCAACCACUCUUAUUCUUAUUACCAGAAAUUGUGUAAAUAUUUUCCUGUGUCUGAUAUUGGGCAGCUCCAGGAAGACUCUUCCAAUAUAAUCGAAUUGUUACGGAAUGCAUUUGAGAAUAUCCGCUCCAAGAUGGAAAUCCGAGCUGAGAAUGUCCCCAUAACAAUGUCGGCUAAAGUCUCGUUGUUAUCUUCUGCCACGUCUCAGAGUGACUCUUCUAUCUUCACUGUGGCCCCAGGAGAAGUGAAAGAGUUUGAGCUGAAAGUGAAAGCUCUGGAUUCCGUUAAAAACAAGCAUGUGUGUACCUAUGAAAAGGACCAGAAAGCAAACCUAAUUGUCAAGCCCAGCACUUUCACAGACGCUUUCUCACUGGAUACCUCCCUGUUGUGUGAAAAAUGUUUGUGUGAAUUGAAUCCAGAGAAGAACUCUUCAAAAUGUAAAGAACAAGGUGACUUUAUUUGCGGGCAGUGCGUGUGCAAAGAUACUUGGCAUGGGGAGACCUGUGAAUGUAACACAAGUAAGCAGAAUAGUACUGAGAUCGAAGCCUGCAAGAAUCCACUUGAUAAUUCCCAGAUUUGCUCCGGUCGUGGGGAUUGUUACUGUGGAGUUUGUUACUGCAAUCCAUCAGAUCACCACCUGGAAAGAUUUGAGGGAAAAUAUUGUCAAUACAGCACCCUGCUCUGCCCACGUUUUGCUGGCUUUAUAUGUAAUGAUCGCGGUGAAUGUUUUGAGGAAAAGUGCAAAUGUAGUGAAGGAUGGACAGGUGAUUCCUGUGAGUGCCCUAUCAGCAAUGCCACAUGCAUUGACGCCAAUGAGGGACUCUGCAAUGGUAAAGGUGUCUGUGAUUGUGGAAGAUGUCGGUGUGAUGAUAACAAUGUUGAUCCGACCUGUAGCUCUUUACUGUACUUGCUGGGGCUAUGUGAAGACAUUCGCACCUGUGUCCAAUGCUGGGCCUGGAAUACUGGGGACAAGAAAGGAAACAACUGCAAGAAGUGCACAAGCGUCUUUACUUUUGUGGAGGAACUGAAACCAGAAAAAGAAGUGACAGAACACUGUGAGUUCCGUGAUGAGGAAGAUGACUGUACAUUUUAUUACACAGUGAAUAUGCCCCUAGUUGGCAACCAAACUUACGUAGAGGUGCUGAAACAGAAAGAUUGUCCUCCAGGAGGUUUCCUCUGGCUCAUUCCACUCAUCAUAUUCCUGAUGCUGUUGUUGGGUCUCCUGUUGUUGCUCUGCUGGAAGUACUGUGCCUGUUUUCGGGCUUGCUGUGCGAGACUCCCAUGUUGUGCGAUGCUGCCAUGCUGUGCUGCAGGUACCAAGGUUGGAUUUAAGGAAAACCGCCACAUGUUAAAUCAAAGCAAGCUCACCUACCUUGACACACCAAUGAUACGGACAAACAAGCCUGUCGGAACAGACAUUGUGAGGUGGAAGGUGAUGGACAACGUUCACAGAGAACCUUCUAAACGGUAUCAGGGAACCAAUCCUGAUGAUACUGUUCUGUACAACCUGUCACUGCGAGCAGCCCGAAUAUACAAUGAUGUGCUGAAGAAUCCAGACUCAACAGAGUUUAAGCAGCUACGCAUGGAGGUGGAGGAGAAUCUCAAUGAUGUGUUCAAAACCAUGCCAGGUUUCCAGGGAGUCCGGAAGACCAAGUUUAGGCUUCAACCAAAUGCAGGAAGAAGGCAGGACCUGACCAUCAUCGACACACAAUUACCCGCCUUUCGAUCAGCAGAGAAACAGAUUGUCAAUACAACUGAAGACAUGGUGUCCAUGGGUGCCUUCAACAGUCUGAAGGUUUUGCCCGGCUACUAUACAGUGGCAUCUGAUCGAGAUGCUCAUGGGCAAGUGGAAUUCCAAGAUGGUGUCGAAUUCAUUGAUGUGCGGGUCCCACUCUUUGUGAAGGAUGAAGAUGAUGAUGAGAAGCAAUUGCAAGUGGAGGCUGUUGAUGUUCCAAAGGGAAAUGCAGAGAUUGACCAGCCAUUUGUGUACAUCACCAUGAUCAAACAGGCCUUAGCCAAAAGUAUUAUCACCUUUCUGCAGCCAUCAUACAGAUACCAAAGGCAAGACAAGGUGGCCAAAAUCCCCCUUAUCCGGGAGAUACGGGAGGAUGGACGCACACAGGUCUCUUACAGGAUAAAAGAUCGCACCGCCAAGGAUGGCAAGGAUUACAGAGCAACAGAGAACCAGAUUGUAUUCCAGCCUGGUGAGACUCGCAAAGAGAUUCCUGUUGUUCUCCUGGAGCAGACCGAGAUUGAUACCCUGCUGGGAAAUGAGCAGGAGAAAAAAUUCUGCAUGGAGCUGUAUAAUCCCCAAAAUGGAGCAAAGCUUGGGAAGUAUCCCGAAACCAACGUCAUCAUCACUGAUGAUAACGAGAAGCUAAUCCCAAUUGACACCCCACCUCUCAACCUGAAAGCUCAUCCAAUUGACAGCAGGAGGAUCCAGGUGAAUUGGAGCCCACCUCCGGGUGAGCCAUCAGGAUACAGGGUGGAGUACUGGCCUGAGGAUGACAGGCUUGCCUCUCAGGUCAUAGAGACAAAGAAUACUUUUGCUGAGCUCAUCAAUCUCCAGCCAGGCUGUUACUACGCAAUGAGUGCACUGGCCUACAAUGAUCUUGCAGAUGGCCCCUGCUCGGAUAUCACUUACUGUCACACUUUGAAUGAGGUAAAUCAAGCAACAAUCCCUCUGAAGGAUGCCAACCCCAUUAAUUCCCCACCAACCAAUGUGAAAGCUCACCCAAUUGACAGCAGAAGAAUCCGUCUGAAUUGGACCCCUCCGCCAGGCCGACCAUCAGAAUAUAAGGUGACCUACUGGAUUGAAGGGGAUGAGAAUUCUUCUCGGGUCAUAAAAACGACUACUCCCUCUGCUGAUCUGACCAAUCUCUACCCAUAUUGUGACUAUGAGAUGAAUGUUUGUGCCCACAACUCACUAGGUUUUGGGCCCCACUCGGAGGUUGUUCAGUGUCGCACACUGGAAGACUUACCAAAUGAGCCGGGACGAUUGGCAUUCAAUGUCAUUUCACCAACUGUGACCCAACUGAGCUGGGCCGAACCUUCAGAAACCAACGGGGAAAUCACAGAGUAUGAAGUCACUUACACUGUGGUGACUGAUGAGAAUAAGCCCAUUGGACCUAAAAAGACGGUGAAAAUCGAUAAGCCAAAGAAGCGGAUGGUAAUGAUCGAGAAUUUGAAAGCCGAACAGCCAUAUCGGUACACAGUGCGAGCCAAGAAUGGCGCUGGUUGGGGACCUGUCCGAGAAGCCACAAUGAACCUCUCCACGCAGCCAAAACGGCCAAUGUCCAUUCCCAUCAUUCCAGAUGUUCCGAUUAUUGAUGCCGAAGCACACGAUGAGUAUGAGAACUUCCUCAUGUACAGCUCAGAUGUAAUGCGAUCACCCAGACCGAGCACUUCUGAUGACUUAGGCUCCAAAUGGCAACAUGUCCAACUGCUGGGCGAUGAUUUCGAUGGGCGGAAGGUAACGUGGCAGCUACCAGUGGAAGUGAUACCCCGCCUUUCCUGUAGCUCUUCCCUGACGCAUGCUUCCUCAGACAUUGAGAGCCUCCUCUCCGAAGACACUGAGUAUUCAGACACCAUGAGGAGGAAGGCUACGCCCCAAACACAGGAAGGUCAAGAUAUGCCGAUCAACGGGAAAUGGGAGAUGAACUCUCUUUUCCCUGGCAGUGCCAACAGCACCCUCAAUAGGAGCACCCUCACCACGUACAACCAGCAAUAUACCAAGUUGAUGGAAGUCUCCUCCAUGUCCUCGGACACUCACACUAACAUGAUGUUGGGACAGGAAUCACGAAUGUAUGGAAAGAAAGGGGUUAACUACAAGAACACACAGCAGAUGGUUGGAGGGAGGAGACGCACUGAAUCCGAGGAUAUAAAUGCAGCUCUUGAGAACCUGGAGAUGGUUCUACAUGAAAGCCGAUCUCCUGGGAUCCCAGAUACUCCGACUCGCCUUGUGUUCUCUGCCCUCGGAGCAACCUCAUUGAAAGUCAGCUGGCAGAAACCUCAAUGUGACCGGAAGGUCAUGGGUUAUCGGGUCACGUACCAGCCUCUUCUGGGAGGUGAGACGAAAAUAAUUGACAUCUCAGAUCCCGACGAGAACUCCAUGAUCAUCAAUGAUCUUAUACCCAACUGCUCCUACAUGUUCAAGGUCAAAGCUAUGAGUGAGAAGGGCUGGGGUCCAGAGCGAGAAGGCGUCAUCACCAUUGAAUCAAACGUGGACCCACUAAGCCCUCUGAGCCCAGUUCCAGGCUCUCCUUUCACACUGAGUACACCAAGUGCUCCAGGACCCCUGGUCUUUACAGCCAUUAACUCUGAACUGCUCAAACUAAGCUGGGAGAAACCCCGCAAACCAAAUGGAGACAUCAUGGGCUACCUUGUGACUUGUGAACCACUGGAUGGACAAGGUGAAAUCAAGACUUAUCAAGUGGAGGGUGAUGAUGCAGAGAUGACACUGAUGGUACCUCACCUCAGUGAAAAUGUUCCAUAUAAGUUCAAAGUUCAAGCAAAGACAACCCAAGGUUAUGGUCCAGAGCGUGAAGGCAUCAUUACCAUUGAGUCACAAGAUGGAGCAAACUUUACUGACUACAAUAAACAGAUGGUAAUGAGGCAUGAGGGAUACAUGGUACCUGGGAAUAUGAGCACGCAGACCGGACUACUGCAGUCCACCAUCGACCCCAUGUUCUCAGAGGGAAUGACCGUUACAACACAACGAAUGGAAGGUGCGACAUCAAUCACUCAACAGAUCACUCGAACAAUGAUGACGAGUGGAACAGUCACCAAACAGAUGGAAAGGAAGUUCUACGAGGCUUGAUCCAUGGACUAGCUUCUGCAAAGUCCUGCUCUUUGUACAGACGGCUGCAGAUUCUUUACGUUGAACUAUACCAAUGAGUAAUCUCUGAUGCCCUGAUCUCUAAGCUUGUCAGCACCCAAGUUAAAAGAGACCUGCUGGACAGUUGUGAUGGAUGUUUGCUUCCAUUUGUUCAUUAGGCUUGGUCAAUUGGCAUUGUUACAUAUUGCUGUAACGUUUUCUAGUUUGUUGGUGUUGAGCUUUGAUCAUGAAAGACUCUGCAUUCACCAUAUCCUAAAAUCUGUCCAAAUUUCCAAGUGCCUCUAAAUUUUACUUUCCUUUCAAUCCAAUUACCUUGAAUCCAGGCCUCCCAUGAAGCAGACAAGGACACAGAAGAUUCUUAUGUGCUUUCUUCACUCUUUCUGCAUUGCUUGGUGCUUGUUAUCACCAACAGAAACCUCCACUUGGGGUCACAUUAUUUCCAUACAUUCAUUGUAUUUAUUUUUACAUUCAGAUAUAAGCAACUACUCCAUGUAGAAUGUAUAAAUAACUUUCAAAGCAUAUUUGAUUCAAGUUGUGAGAAGUAAUUUUGCUCUGUGGGUGUGAGAGCAAUUAUCUAGAAUCUGCAUGUUUUACAGUAACAUUGAUCGACAGGUGUAAUUUCUUGUGUUCUCUGGGUUUAGCUCAGUCUUUCUUACUUAAGUGUCACCUUUCCACAUCCCCAUCACCACCUCAACCUGCUCUGUAUUGUUUCCCUGCUGUUUUCAUUUUAAUGACUUAAUCCUGUCAAGCAUUGUUGACUCUCACAUUUCAGAUGCUGAAUUCCCACUAGUAUAAAAGACCCCAUAACUCACAGAAUUGUUAACCAGGAUGACUGAAAUUGUCCCAUUUGGCAGAGACAUCCCAUUACCGUGGAGACGUUUGUCCGACACAAUUGGAUUCACUGAGAGCUAGUAAAUGUUGGAUUUAAGAAAUGUAUAAAGAGAAACAUAGAAAAUUAGAGCAUGAGUAGGCCCUUUGGCCCUUCAAGCCUGCUCCACCGUUCAUUAUGUUCAUGGAUCAUCCAUCUCAAUAGCCAUUCCUGCUUUUCCUUUAAAUUCUUUGAUCCCUUUACCUGUAAGUGCUAUAACGAAUUCCUUCUCCAAACCAUAUGUUUUGGCCUCGACUGCUUUCUGUGGUGGUGAAUUCCACAGAAUGUGCUGCAUACAUGGAGAUUCAGCUUCUUGACUCCAAAAGCCAGAUACCUCCUCUUAUUUAGGUAUCUCACCUGUCUACACAGGUGCUGAACUGCAACAUGUACUUCUUUUAUCCUCCAUAUUGGAUAGAAACCUACCAAAUCUACUACACUGCCUCCCAACUACUCGGCAAUUUUUUAUACUGGGCAACCAAAGUGCUAUUGUAUCUCCUAAAAAGCUUACAUUUUAGAUACUAAGUAUGUACUUAUAUUGUAAUUUUACUGGGUUGUAUUUUUGGAAUUUCGGUAUGCUAGCCAAAUGCCAUAGAUUUGGUUUCCACAUUGCAGCUAAAGAUUUCUAUUGCCUGCUUUCAACAAAGAUUAAUUUUGUGAAGGUUGUGUUGUACAGAGCCUAACCAAUCCAGGUAUAAUUCCCAGCCUAAUCUCAGCCAAGCAGCUACACAUUGGGAAUUACAACCUACAGUGGGAACAAGCAGAAAUCAGCCAUGGAUCCUGUCACAGAUAGUUAUCCCUUGCACUGAGCGAGGUCAGGAUCAGGCAGAAGACUGCACAGUUGGGUCUAAGUACCUCCUAGGUGCCAGCCACCACUGGGACACCAAGAGGUAGCAAAGUCAGAACAGAUGUGACACAAAAUUCAAUAGGAAUUGAGGAGCAGCGGUAUCUGGAAUGGAAAUGGCCUCAGAUUGUUAUGCAUGUGGCUUACCUAGUGGAUCCCACUCUGUAAACACUGCUUCAGGUUUUUGUACUUGUAAUAAAAUGCUUCUUCUGCACUUGUAACCAUGUAAA